CUGACGUCACGUCCGUGGUGUUUCUUGGGACGCCAAGAUGGAUGCGUCGCGGGCCCGGGAGCAGCUCCGGCGGCGAUUCCAGUUCUCGCCGGACGCCGAGGCCUCGCCGGACCGCGAGGGCCCCCCCGGGCCGGAAGCCUCCACAGCUGUUACGAAAAAGGAGCAACCUCUUCCGAGACUUAACACCCAUUCUGGAUUCUGGAUAUUGGCAUCCAUUGUUGUGACCUAUUAUGUUGACUUCUUUAGCACAGUUAAAGAAAACUUUCACACUAGUAGUUGGUUUCUCGUUGGUGGUGCCUUAUUGCUUAUCAGCUUGUCCAUUGCAUUUUACUGCAUCCUCUACCUGGAAUGGUACCAUGGAAUUGAAGAUUAUGAUGUCAGGUAUCCAACCUUGAUACCCAUUACAACUGCUGCUUUUAUUGUAGCGGGCAUUUGCUUCAACAUUGCUUUAUGGCACGUGUGGUCAUUUUUCACUCCAGUGUUGUUGUUUACCCAGUUUAUGGGGGUUGUAAUGUUGAUCUCACUCCUUGGAUGAUUUCUAAAGGUUGAAGGGCAUGUCCAUCUAAAGGGAAUGAUUAAACAUCCAGCUAGCUGAAAGCAUCGCAGACAUUGUGGAAAAGUUACAGUGUGUUUUUGCAUCUUGAAGCAAGUGGUUUCCUGGGAAAAAAUUGUAAUUUCAUAGAUCUGUUGUUGAAA